UCCCUUCCCAUCCCUGUAUAUAUAACCUCUCCUUUGAUUUUGCUGGUUGAAAAGAAAGCGAAUAAAAAAACAAAACACGAACUUCAUAUAAGUACGAAGAUGGGAAGAUGAAAAGGUAAGUUGUAAUUGCGUUACAGCCUCUUCUCUUUCUCUUGUUCGAAAGAAAAAAAAGGAAAAAAAGAAACUGAAGAAUGUUGCAGAAAAAAAAGCAGAGAACUACUCGUAAAAUCACCGACAAAUCUGAUCUCUUCGAUGGAGUACCUGACGAUCUCGUUGUUUCCAUCCUUUGCAAGCUCAGUUCUUCCGUUUCUUGCCCUACUGAUUUCGUCAACAUUCUCUUAACAUGCAAAAGAUUAAACCGUUUAGGCCUCCACCCGCUCGUCUUAUCGAAAGCUGGUUCAAAAGCGUUGGCCGUGAAAGCCAAGAACUGGUCCGAUUCCGCUCACCGUUUUCUUAAACACUGCGUUAGCGCCGGUAACAUUGAAGCUUGUUACACUCUCGGCAUGAUCCGAUUUUACUGUUUACAAAACCGAGGAAGCGGGGCGUCGUUAAUGGCCAAGGCAGCAAUGAAGUCACACGCGCCGGCUCUCUACUCGCUCGCAGUCAUCCAAUUCAACGGAAGCGGUGGCUCUAAAAACAACAAGGAUCUGCGAGCCGGAGUAGCUCUAUGCGCACGAGCCGCUUUCCUUGGCCACGUGGACGCGCUCCGUGAGCUAGGCCAUUGCCUGCAAGACGGUUACGGCGUGCGCCAAAACAUAACCGAAGGACGCCGGCUACUCAUCCAAGCCAACGCGCGGGAACUCGCGUCGUCCUUAAACACCGUAGUCAAACGACAACUAAAGCAACAGCACCAACGUCGUCUAAACUAUCAACAUUAUGCUUACAUGACGGGUUCGGGAUGUCCGUUGUUAAGUGAUUUCGGGUGCAAUGUGCCGGUACCGGAGGGGCACCCGGUGAAUGUGUUCUUAAAAGAGUGGUUCGAGUCAGGGUUAGGUGAGUUAGGUCAGGGGCUAAGGCUUUGCUCCCAUAAAGGCUGCGGGAGGCCUGAGACCAGGGCUCAUGAGUUUAGGAGGUGCUCAGUUUGUGGCACCGUGAAUUAUUGCUCGCGUGGAUGCCAAGCGCUUGAUUGGAAGUUGAGACAUAAGGUGGAAUGUGGACCGAUGGAGAGGUGGCAGGAGGAAGGCGGUAAUGGGAAUGGCGGCGACGGCGGCGCUGGAGGAAUGGAGGAGGUUGGGGAAGCUGAAGACCUAGCUAUUGGAUGAUAGAGGGUAAAAUCGUAAAUGCAAAAUGGUUAUUUGUUUUUUCUUCUUAAUGUCUGGGAUGUUUUCAUUUUAUGUAUAUAUAGAGAAAGGUUUUGGGGACUUCAAUUGUGUAUCAAUUGUAAGAAAGAAAAAAAAAAAGGGCGGGAUUAGUUCUUUCAAGAACAUUUUUUUA